AUGUCGACCUCAUUGGCCGCUUCUCCGGAGCCCCGUUCACUCCGGGACGCGUUACGGGCCGCGGGCGGGGACCGGGCAACGUCGGCGCCUUCGGAAAGCCCAAGUGAAGAGGAUUACGACGACCCGAAACAGUCAGCGAGGCUGCGUAAAGAACGAGCACCACCACGUCCCGGCGCAUCGCCCCUAAAGAAGUCUUCGAUCCGCGAGAGGACGCUCUCGCUAGACGGUUCGACAUUGUCGGAGGCCUCGAGCAUUGACGAGGAGCCUAUCAAGGAUGGGUCCGGUCGUCUAAAGACGUAUGUGCUGUCUCCCGAUGACCGCGAGUUGCGGGAUGUCAUCAAACGAGGUCUCGAGAGGGAAAGGGAUCCCAAGAGGCCACGACGUGCCGGCAAGUUCAGCGACCUCGUCUUCACGCGGCAGUUCUCCACAUUUGAUCGACACAACCAAAACACGGCCAACAGCCCCUUUCACGGCUUCUACACGUUCUUCUGGCUGGCUGUGGCGCUCUUUGUCGCCAGGAUCGCCGCCAACAACUGGCGGGCGACGGGGAGCCCCCUGGGCACCAACGAGAUCAUGAAGACCAUGUUCCGCCGGGACGUCUUCGUGCUCCUCGCCUCCGACGGCGUCCUGUGCGGCAUCACGGGCGUCAGCUGGGUGUUGCAGCGCCUGAUUUUUACCGGCUACAUUGACUGGGACAGGUCAGGCUGGAUUCUUCAGAAUGUCUGGCAGUCAAUCUAUAUCGGCGGCGUGAUAGGCUUGACCCUGAUCCGAGACUGGCCCUGGACACAUACCGUCUUCUUUGUCCUACACGGCUUCGUCAUGCUCAUGAAGCAGCACUCGUACGCCUUUUACAACGGCUAUCUCUCCUCGGCCUACAAGAAGCGCAAGUACCUCCUCUCCAAGCUCAAGAAGCUCGAGCACGUCGCCCCGACCGAGUUUCCCUCCUCCACCGCGCCCUCCGCCUCCACCGUCUCCGUCUCGCACCUGGCCAACCCGCCCUCGGCCGCCGAGAUGCACGGGCGCAGGCAGUCCAUCGCCCAAGCCCAGGCCAACGGCGGCAGCGGCGGCGGCGGCGACGACCAGUACCGGCCGUUGACGGAUCUCGACCGCAUCUCUCGCGCCAUCGAGUCCGGGCAACCCCUGGAUGCCGACCAGGUCAGGGUUUUUGAGCGCAUCAUCCGGUGGGAGAUUGACGGCAUCACGGACGAGCUAAAGGGUCAAGCAACGAGCGUCGUUCGGGCGUACCCCAACAAUCUCUCGUUCGCGAACCACUACGAGUACAUUGCUCUGCCGACGAUCGUAUACGAGCUCGAAUACCCUCGCUCCGAAUCGAUUGACUGGUAUUACGUCGCCGAGAAGACGGCGGCAACGUUUGGUAUUAUACUCGUCAUGAUUAUGGUGUCGCAGGCUUUCAUCUACCCUGUUGUAAUGCAGACCGUAGUAAUGAAGGAGACGGGCAUGCCCUUGGCCGAGCGCUUCCGCUACUUUCCCUGGAUGCUCAGCGAUCUCAUGUUUCCGUUCAUCAUGGAGUACAUAAUGGCAUGGUACCUCAUCUGGGAAACCGUCCUCAACACCCUCGCAGAGCUCACCUACUUCGCCGACAGAAGCUUCUACGACGCGUGGUGGAACAGUGUCUCGUGGGAUCAAUUCGCCCGCGACUGGAACCGGCCCGUCCACAACUUCCUCCUCCGCCACGUCUACCACAGCUCAAUCUCCUCCAUGAAAGUGAACCGCCACACGGCCACCCUCAUCACCUUUUUCCUGUCCGCCUGCGUCCACGAGCUCGUCAUGUGGUGCAUCUUUAAGAAACUGAGGGGAUACCUCUUGUUUUUGCAAAUGUGCCAGUUACCGGUACGCUCAAAACCCUAA